AUGUUCGACAUAUUCGCUAAGCUCUUAUCCUCGAUCGCAUCCUUCCUCUUCCCUCUUUUCGCCUCCUACAAGGCCCUCAAGACCUCAGAUCCGGCCCAACUGACGCCAUGGCUGAUGUACUGGGUCGUCCUGGCCUGCGCCCUCCUCGUUGAGAGCUGGACAGAAUGGUUUCUCGUCUGGAUACCGCUCUACCCUUACAUCAGACUCCUCUUCCUCCUCUACCUCGUCCUUCCCCAGACCCAAGGCGCCCGCAUCAUCUACACCACCUAUGUCCACCCCUACCUCGAGGACAAUGAGUCCCAGAUCGAAGACCUCAUCGCCACGACCCACGAUAAGAUGAAGGCCGCGGGCAUGGCCUACCUGAAGCGUGCCAUCGAGCUCCUGCGCACCCAGGUCCUCGGCAUGCCCCCGUCCCCCGAGUCGCAGAGCGCCUCCGAGAGCGACAUACCCGCAUCACAGCGCCCGCGCAGCUACACACAGUCGUUGCUCGAACGCUUCCAACUGCCCCAGGCCCGCUGGCCCGGCGCGACCGGGAGCGCGAGUCAGGACUUUUACAACUUUCUCACGAGCGCGGUGGCGGCGGCUUCCGGAUCCGGAUCCGGCGGCGCGACCAGGGAGGAGGCUGCCGACGGAGCCACAUCCUCGUCCGCAGACAUCUCGGGCGUUGGUGCCUUCCCCGCUGGUGAUAUGACCGCCAGCGGGACGCUGGUCCCACCCACCAUCCGCGGCAACGUAGACAAGAUGUCUUUCCUGGCUGCGCAGCGCGAGCGGCUGAACCUGGUCCUGGGGGCGUUGGACCGCGAGGCUGCGGCGCUGCAGUCCUCGAGCACGGCUGCGCAGGACGUCAGCUUGGACUCGGGUACUGACAGGCCGCCCACGUCGGCUAGCGGUAGGAGUGGGCUUAGCAAGAGCCGUAGUGAGGUGGACUUUGAGAAGAUCGAGGCCGAGAGUGGCGCAGAGGACAAUGCGCCCGAGGAGGGCGAGAGUGCGAGGCCGACGCCCGCUGCGAGUGGAAGUUCGUGGAUGCCCUGGGGCUGGGGAGCAUCAUCGUCAUCUGCCAAGGAAGACAAGAGCAAGGCUGAGUAGCAGACUUGUGUCGGUGUGAUUGGUCGGUCGGCCGAAUCGGCGUUCAUAUAGGCUUGAUCAAUAUUUGUUUUAGACGGACAUCGCACGCGCAGAGAAGAAACCUAGGGCGUAUACCUUUUGAAUGAAUGCUUUGCUACUCU